GGCUGGCGAGGAGUGAUUACAAAAUUACUUGGGCGGUGUGGUCCGAUCGAAACAAAACAAUGAAUUGCUUGUGGAAUCGAAUCAGUACAAGCUGGGCUAGUAGUCCCUUUUUAGUCCCGGUGCGGAAUGCGUCGAAGAAAACCGGUGGAAGCUCACGGAAUCCUCCGAAGAACCCCCGGCCGAAACAUCGGGGAUGGAAGGUGCAAGACGGGCAUCAUGUAUCCGCUGGGACUAUAUUAGCAACGCAACGGACUCCCCGCUUCCAUCCCGGGUUGAAUGUGGGAUUCGGCAAGAAUGGCACACUUUUUGCAAUGGAGCACGGAAAAGUGUAUGUAACGUGCGAGAAAGUUGACCUCAACUGGGACCAUACGUGGGUGCAACGGUGCUACGCAGGCCGCGAAGGACAAACUAUCUAUAAGAAGUUUUUCAACGUAGUACCGGAACCACAGCACCAACGGUUUAAGUUAAUCGAUGAAAUCUAACCAAUAGCCGGCCUACCGCCGGAGUAGAAGUCAUAUAGAUGAAAAAGAGAAUAACUGCGUUUCUUUCAGUCCUGACCAUCCGAA